AUGGCUACUACUACAGCAUCGGUAAAGAAAAUGAUGCCUUCAGUGGAGAAUCAUUUGGGGGUGAACGAGAUUCUGAGUGAGGAAUUGUCCUGGAGUGAAAAAACAAUUCUUCAAGAAGUCAGGGAUGUUCUCAGCCGGAAAGUUGGGCGAGUUUCCGGCGUGGGAGUUGCGAAGGGAACUUCUAAACAAGGUUCUAAGAAAGUACAAAAGAAAGUUGAUCAGUCGUCGGAGAAUAGUCCGGGCAAAAUGGGAGCGAUGAGGAAGAAAUUCUUAGCCGAUCAAAGAAAGGCUACACUCAGCAAGAAUAAAGAAAAAGAAACAGGGAUAGAUCCAUUAAUGAAAGAGAAGCUGAAGGUGAAGGAGAAGAACCGGGGCAUGAUUAAAUCGGAACAAUGUGGUGAAAAUGGAUCAUCUUAUAAGGAAUGUUCUUCUCCAAAAGAUGACGUGAAAGCCGCCACCACGGCGACGUUGCAAAAGCCACCCAGAAGAGAUGCUCCAAAGAAAUUAGUAGUACAAGAAGAAAACCUUCCAAAGGAAGUUCAGCAAGAAGAUGCAAUGGAAGCAGCAGAAGAAAGGAGAAAAGAACGAGGAGCUUCGAGAAGAUCAUUGGAGUUAAUGGAGAAAACCGUCUAG